UAUUUUUCACACUCCUUUUGUACUCUCCGACCUCGCGGUUUUAAAUAGGCGAGGUAAAGGAGGAAGAGUAGGAGGAGGAAUCCAGCGGGUCGGGUCUCGUGUAUCGCGCCGCCUCGCUUCCUUCCGGCCGCGGCUCGUCACGCUUCUCGGCCUCCUCCGGGAGAAAAAAAAAUGAACUCAUCGAAUUUGGAUUGCUGAAUAGGAAGACAGUGAGAUAAGCAGAGAGAUUGAGGCGCAGAAGCAUCGGCAUUGAGCCGAAUGGUGUAGAGAGCUCCAGGGAUGGAUCGCCGGAGCUGGCUAUGGCGGCGGAGAUCGACGGAGAAGAGCCCGGCCGAGACCGAGAGCUCGGUUUCUUCUCCAUCCGAGAGGCUGUCUGAUGAACAGGAUACUCCAAAGAGUUCUCCAAGCUCAGUUCAAUCACCGGAGAUCUCGUCGAAGGAAGCGCAGGAUGACAAUGUGAAGGUGAAGGUGUUGAGCGAGAGACUGUCAUCUGCAGUUUUGGACAUACGUGCAAAAGAUGAUCUUGUGAAGCAGCAUUCAAAAGUUGCGGAGGAAGCUGUUCUAGGAUGGGAGAAGGCCGAGAAAGAGAUAGCAUCACUGAAGACCCAGCUGAACGCUGCAACUGCCAAGAACUCAACACUGGAAGACAGAAUCGUUCACCUCGACGGCGCCCUCAAGGAAUGCGUCAGGCAACUCCGGCGUGCCAAGGAAGAGCUGGAUCAUGGCAUCCAGGACGCGCUAGCGCAGCAGUCGCGAGAAUGGGAGUCGGAGAAGGCCGACCUCGAGCUGCGAGUAGUCGAGCUGAAGGCGAAGCUGGAGGCGAAGUCCGAGUUCUCGGUGAACGCUGAAACUGAUGCGAGCUCAAGGCUGGCCUCCUUGGAGAAGGAGAACUCUGCUCUCAAGGUUCAGCUGCUGGCCAUGUCGGAGGAGGUGGAGCUCAGGACCAUCGAGAAGGAGCUGAACAGGAGGGCAGCAGAGACGGCCAGCAAGCAGCAGCUUGAGAGCAUCAAGAAGAUAGCCAAGCUCGAAGCCGAAUGCAGAAGGCUGCAGGCCAAUGCACGGAGAGAACUCAAGCGUGCACCAAGCUCGGUCUACGCCGAGUCAGUCACCGAUUGCCAGUCAGACUGCUCGGACUCAUGGGCCUCGAUUCUGAUCACCGAGCUCGAUCAAUUCAAGAACGACAAGAGCAUCACGAGGAGUGCGAGCCUCGCGGCUGCAGACAUCGGCAUGAUGGAUGACUUCCUGGAGAUGGAGAAGAUCGCGUCGGCGAAUAGCCCAUCCAAGAGCGAGGCCGAGGACGCCGCUAGCGUCCAGCUGGUGAAGCUCGAGGAGAAGAUCAAGAGGCUGGCAAUGGAGAAGGCGGACAGGGAGAAGGCGCUGCACGAAGCUCAGCGAGAGCUCAGGAACACCCGGCAUCGGGCGAUGGUGGCAGAGGAGAAAUCGGUCGAAUUGCAGAGGCAACUGAACCUUGUCAAGGGAGUGAAACAUUCCAUGGAAACCGAAAUGGAAGCCAUGGAGAACAGGAGGAAUGAACUGGAGGGGAGAAUUGAGCUCGCCCAUGGCGAGAUCACGAGCUUGCUCGACAAGGGCCGCAUUCUGGAGGAACGUCUCGAGUCCGAAAAGGCGCUGACGCUGGAGCUGGCUGCUAAGUAUCAGCAGAUGGAUGCACUAGAGGCAGAGAGGAGAGAGCUGCGUGGUCACCUGGAAGCAUCACAAUCUGAAGCCAAAAAUCUCGGUGAUAAGAUCACUCUUCUAGAGAAGAAGCUGGAGGAGGAGAAGGCGUUUUCAACCCGGCUCGCAGUGAGGUGCCAUGGAAUCGAAGCUCUGGAAGAGAAGAAGAAGGGUACAGAGCAUGAGUUGGAGUCGGCACGAGAGGAAAUUGCAUCUCUGCAGAAGAAAGUUAGCAUCUUGGAACUGAAAAUCCAGGAGGAGAGGGCACUGUCUGAGAAACUCGCGACACGGUCUUGUGAUCUAGAGGCACUGGGUGUGCAGACAAAUGAGCUCAGAUCUCAGCUCCAAUCUGCAAACUCAGAAAUCGCUGGCCUGAAUGAGAAGGUUAAGAUGCUUGAAGAGGCUGAAGAGAAGCACAAGCCAUUGACUGCAGGAUUGGAGUCCCAGCUCAGGUUGGCACAGGCUGAAGCCAUGCGCCUGAAGGAUCAUGUCAGUUCGUUGGAGAAGAAGCUGGAAAGCCAGAAGAACUUGUCAUCUGCCUACAUUACUGCAUUGGAUGCUUCUGAAGCCCAGAAGAACAAAUUCGCCAGUCGGUUUGAGCUCAAAGAGGCGGAAGUGGAGGAAUUGCGCAGGAAGAUCCGUUUGCUCGAGGAGGAAAUUCACAAAGAGAAAGCACAAUCUUCUGAACUUGGAGUGCAAUGUCAGAAUUUGAAAGAGCAAUUUACCAGCAGAGCUCUUAGCCAACCAAUGAAACCUAUGGCAAGUAAAGAACUUCACAUUAAAAAGGAGAAAGAGCUAGCUCGUGCAGCAGGGAAACUGGCAGACUGCCAGAAGACAAUAGCUUCACUGAACAGGCAACUUAAAUCGUUAGCAGAUUUUGAUGAGUUUGUCCCCGGAUUCGAGAACGACAGCGUAAUAGCUGAAGGCUGGGAGGAAAAUGGUCUGAAACUGUUGAACUCUGCAAAUUAUCCAGCACAAUUGGGAUGUUUGGCGGUCAAAUGAUUGCUGUUGUUGCGAGAAGACUGCCAUUGUUUUUUGUUCUGGCUGUCAUAUGAUCACAUGGUUGUUGUGAUGAGGAGAUUGCCAGGAUCCUUCUGAAGAUGCUAUAUAUAUAUGGAGAUAAGUUAAUAGUUUAUAGAUAAGCAAAAUGUUCAUACGGAAACGAUGUUAAUAAAGUUAUUCAAGCCUUGAAGGGAACUAUGUAAAGAUUAAUUUUGUUCCCCUUGUACCACUCAUGGAAAUGGGCAAUUUUCUUUUCCUGGCAUUAA